GUCGAUCUUGUUGAUUUGUCCUUGCCGUGGAAGAUAACUUUCCUUGCAAGGCAAAGGCCAGUAUUCGUCGUUCCUCUUCACGUCAGCAUCCAGUGUUUAACAUGGCUCUCCGUAGCCUGACAAUACGCGUGUUUGGACGGGAGGUUCCAUAUGAUGAGGCCAAUAACCUUCUCAACAAUGAUAUUACGAUCAGCGAAGACCUGCUGGGGAAAGGAGUGUUCGGAGAGGUUCGGAAAGCUAUCCUACCGGGAAGUAGUAACAUUGUCGCCAAAAUGAUCCAGAAGCGUGAUUUGGACAUGAUUCAGACCGAGGCCGAAGUCUGUCUCAAGCUGCGCCACCCCAAUAUCGUGGCUUGCUUUGGGGUAGCUCAGACCGAUCAGUAUGCAGUUUUGUUUUUCCAGCAAAUUAACGGCCGCACGCUGAGCCGCUGGGCGCAGGACAUCCAGACGCAGCACCAGCGUAGUCUGAAAGAAGACGAUAUCCGCCCAAUCAUGUGGCAAGUCCUACACGCGCUGCACUACCUGCAGACGGCAUGCAUCGUUCAUGCAGAUCUACACGCCGACAAUGUAAUGGUAGCAGCGAACGGCACUGCUAUGUUGAUCGAUUUUGGCUGGGUGCAGAACUUUCGCUGGGGAAAGCCAGGCAUGUUGCGGCCCAGCAACUACGCAUACCCGCCUGAGAUGGUCAUCAGGGAGCUUGGAGUGGACCAUAAAUGUGAUCUUUUUCUGUGCCAGCAUGUUCUAUUCCAUCAUGUUCGGCCAAGGUCCGUUCGGCAUAGUAGCAGGAGUCGAGGUGGGCGUCCAGCUGUCCAUUGUUCAAGCUGGCAUGUGUCUGACACCAUGGAUAGGGAGUUCACAGUACUCGCACGAACUCCUAAAUCUGUUCAACACCUGCCUCGCGUUUAACGCCAGUUACCGACCAUGCGCGGCGGAGGCUUUAACAUUCCCAUGGUUUGCAGUGGGCAAUCUCACUCAGCCCCAACUGCAAGAACACAAGCGCUCCACUCCUCCAAGUCACCCGUCACAGUUGGAUCGCGCAAUAACGGAGGAUAUCAGCAGGCAAUGGCGGGUGCCGCAGAGUGACGUUAUCCACAAGAUUCUAUCCGACAAGAACGGGCCAAUGUCCAUCGGAUACCAGGCCGCACUAUUUGCGGCCGGGAAGUUUUUUCAUGCACAGCCAACACCUCACAAGUAGUCGAGUCCACAGCUUACACUGCACAAGUACUCGUCUACGCAUUCACAUCCUGCCGUCUUUCUCCUUAACACCGCCCAACUAGUAGUGGACGCAUUCACGUGCUAGGAUCGUUCGUUGUCGUUCGUCGAUCGUGGAUCAUACAUAACAAUUAGUCGUCGACACAUUCAUGUUCGUUGGCCUACAUUCCGCGCGAGUAGUCGAGUCGACAUCCAACAACAAUACAGUCGUCCACGCAUUCACAUCCUAUGGUCGUACGUUGUCCACACAGCCCAGUCGUCGUAGCAUUCUCCUAGUAUGGUUGUUGUCCUCCGUAUCGCGCAAGUUGUCGAGUUUACAGCCAAUGCAGUCGUCGACUCAUUCACAUUAUUUUGUCGUUUUCCUACACCUAUAAUGAUUUUUUAAUAAAAAAAUGAA